UUUGUAGGUCAUAUAAUGGAGUUGCAACUCAGAAAUGAAGAGAACCGUCUCAGAUGGGAUCUAACUCCAGAACAGAUACGGCUAAAGACUACUGAGCUCAUUGAGAAAACCAAAUGCGUUUAUGAUAUUGUGGGAUGUCUUGAUAUAGGCUGUGUCACAUAUGAAAACACCUUAAAAGCUUUGGCUGAUGUAGAAGUUGAAUAUGCAGUUCAGAGAAGUAUCCUGGAUUUCCCUCAGCACGUGUCUACAAAUAAAGAUGUCCGGACUGCAAGCACUGAAGCCGAUAAGAAAUUGUCUGAAUUUGAUGUAGAGAAAAGUAUGAGAGAAGACGUCUAUAAAAGGAUGCAUCGCUGCCAUGGAACAAGGUUCCUAAAAUUGAUGCAUCCAGAGGCAAAGAGGCUCUUGGAAAGGUUGAUUAAAUUGGGUCAGAGAAAUGGCUUAAAUCUUUCAUCUGAGUUGCAACAGAAAAUUAAGGAUAUUAAGAAAAAGAUGAGUUCCCUUUCCAUUGACUUCAGCAAGAAUUUAAAUGAAGACAUCACAUUUCUGGCUUUCACCAGGGAAGAGCUAGGAGGUCUUCCUGAUGACUUUUUGAAUUCCCUGGAGAAAGAUGAAGAUGGAAAACUAAAGGUUACUUUAAAAUAUCCUCAUUAUUUCCCACUGAUGAAAAAAUGCUUUGUUCCUGAGACACGGAGAAAAGUGGAGUUGGCUUUUAACUGCCGCUGUAAAGAGGAGAACAACAAAAUUCUUUGCGAACUUGUUAAGCUAAGGGAAGAGAAAAGCAGUUUACUUGGCUUUGACACACAUGCAGAUUUUAUAUUGGAGAUGAACAUGGCAAAGAACAGCAAAACCGUGGCAUGCUUUUUGGAUGAAUUAUCCCAAAAGCUGAAACUUUUGGGAGAGCAGGAAAGAGCUGUUAUGUUGGAACUCAAGAGGAAGGAGUGUGAGAAGAGAGGUCUUGAAUUUGAUGGCCAGAUUAAUGCCUGGGACAUGAGGUACUUUAUGAACCAGGUAGAGGAGACCACAUAUAGUGUGGACCAAAAUCUUCUAAAAGAGUAUUUUCCAAUGGAAGUGGUGACUUCUGGCCUGCUGAAUAUUUAUCAAGAGCUGCUAGGCCUGACCUUUGAGCUGGAGAAGGGUGCUCCUGUGUGGCAUGAAGAUGUUUCCUUGUUCUCUGUGAAAGAUGCAGCAACUGGACAGUUUCUAGGAAAAUUCUAUCUUGACUUGUACCCUCGUGAGGGAAAGUAUUCACAUGCAGCAUGCUUUGGGCUGCAACCAGGAUGUCUUUUACCUGAUGGCACAAGACAGAUAUCAGUGGCUGCCAUGGUUGCCAACUUCACCAAACCCACACAGGAUGCUCCAUCUCUUCUACAGCAUGAUGAAGUAGAGACAUACUUCCAUGAAUUUGGUCAUGUAAUGCAUCAGCUUUGCUCCCAGGCAGAUUUCGCAAUGUUUAGUGGAACACAUGUUGAGAGAGAUUUUGUUGAAGCACCAUCUCAAAUGCUGGAAAAUUGGGUGUGGGAGAGGCCAUCUCUUCAGAGAAUGUCAAAACAUUACAAGACUGGCGUGCCUAUUCCAGAAGAGACUUUGGAGAAGCUUAUAAAAUCUCGUCUUGCAAACACAGGUCUGCUGAACCUACGCCAGAUAGUUCUGGCUAAGAUUGACCAAGUGUUGCAUACACAAAAGAAUGUGGAUCCAGUGGAUGAGUAUAGAAAGCUGUGCACUGAGAUUCUUGGAGUUCCAGCAACACCAGGGACAAAUAUGCCUGCAACUUUUGGACAUUUGGCUGGAGGAUAUGAUGCCCAGUAUUACGGCUACUUGUGGAGUGAGGUGUAUUCUAUGGACAUGUUCCACGCACGGUUUAAACAUGAAGGAAUCAUGAGCCAGAAGGUGGGUGAAGAUUACAGAAACUUUAUCCUAAAGCCUGGAGGAUCGCUAGAUGCUAUUGAAAUGCUACGUAACUUCCUUGGCCGUGACCCGAAGCAGGAAGCAUUCCUUGAGAGCAAAGGACUGACCAGUCUGUCAUGACUAGUGGCUUCUACCUACUAGUAAACUGGCAUGCAAACACCACACAAGAUUUGAAUUAUUCCAGUUAUUAGGAUAGUUGAAUAGGGACUUCCAAAUGGUUAGUUUUUUUGCACAUCAAGCUAACAAUUGCUGUAUGCAGGUAUUCCCUAUAUACUCAGUGGCAGAACUUGUGAAUGCAUUUUGAAAAUUGUAAACAAUGUGCUCUUGUUACAAAUCAUGAAACUUCAAUUUUUUGUAUACUUUUGAAUCAUAGGAAAACAAUUAAAUAUGUUUUUAACCAUCCAUCUACUCUUCAUCUCUUUAACACAGAGAGAACCAGAUUUGGUCAACACUCUACUUACCUACUUGAAAUAGGGUUCUAUGAAUCAUUACCACUGUGGAAUUACAUGUGCCUAUCUAAAUAAAUGAUUUGAUCCCAG